AUGCUUUUUGCCCCGAGUACCACACCAACAGGUUAUCCGAAUCCAUUCCGAAAACUCUCGGACAUGGUUCGAAAUCAUACAACACCUCCAGCCUCGCCACCACCACUGCCAGGCUCACCAUCGUGGUGCCUCUGGCUUGUUUCCGCCCUUCAAGGCCAUGAAAUUAGCAGCGAAGAGCGCAGAAGACUUGUUGAUGACAUCGAUCAGAUGAGUUUAGAUGAACAGGAAGCGCUCAUCGAGUUCUUAGAGACAGAAGUAGCUCCAUCAACCCUUGAGAACAACGCUUGUAAACAAUUCCUAUGUAACACAACAGAUCUACAAUUUGCUCUCGAAAGCAAGGAUCCACAGGAACUGCUGGUUCUUUGGCAACAACUGUAUCACAAAACACUGCCCUCUCUUCAGAGCAUAUUGUAUCCGCUAAAGCGCCAUCGGCCAAACUUUGAUGUUCGUCGAACGAUCCUAACAAUAUUCCGAGACCGAGUUCUUAGCAAAGUGCUCCAACAAGUAGACGAAAGGAUACCAUCCUUAGAGCCGAUGCUCUUCACCGUACUACUCGAAACGGAUAGUUUCACAGAAGAAACGAGGAAUUUCGCCUCUCUCGCUCAUCGAGUGAUGGGUACCAAAGAGACACGGAAACAAGAGCCACUGGUCAGAGUUCGAUCACGGACGCUGCCCAAUAAGCCCACGAAGAAGGUGACGUGGGGUGAUUUGAGGAAAUCAGCCACGUUCAGCAUUUGA